AUGGAUGAACUAGGACUAGCCUUUUCGGCCGCGGACUAUGCCAAUGAUAGGAAAACCCAUAUUCUAUUAGCAUCGACAGGCUCCGUUGCCACCAUUAAACUACCAAAUAUAAUCGCUUCUUUAGGAUCCCAGGAUAAGUUCUCAAUCCGUGUUAUCCUGACAGAAUCCGCUGCCAAUUUCCUCGGUGGGCAAAGUGCCGAGCAGCCGACUUUACAGAAUAUUCGGCAGAUGAAUGGUGUCGAGGGCAUAUACCAUGACGAAGAUGAAUGGAAGAAACCAUGGGUUAGGGGAGCGGACAUUCUACAUAUCGAGCUACGGAGGUGGGCUCACGUACUUCUUAUCGCACCGCUAUCGGCAAAUACCCUAGCGAAAAUGGCGAUCGGAAUGGCCGAUAAUUUAUUACUUUCCGUCGUCCGAGCCUGGGAUACCUCUGGCACGAUUGACCGUGGGAAGAAACCUGCACCAAAGAUAUUCGUGGCACCUGCGAUGAACACUGCAAUGUGGAAAAACCCGCUCACAGGAAGACAUAUCGAGACUCUAGAAACCAGUUGGGGCUUCCAAUCUGAAACUGAUGGUGGCUGGAUCACGGUUCUAAAACCAAUGGCGAAAGAGCUUGCGUGCGGCGAUGUGGGAGAUGGUGCUAUGGAAGACUGGAGGAAGAUAGUGAAAGUUAUUGAGGAGUACUGUGAAGCCUAG